AUGGCAUUUGCCCUCUUUUCCCAGCAUACGGCUCCAUUCCCGUAUCAUUCACCCAUCGCCGAUCCUCUCAGCUACAUCCCAGACCAGCAUGACUGCCCCUUGCCUUGCCAUGUCGACUACGCUAACGUACACAAAUGGACGCCUUACUACUCUCUCGGCCGUUUGCACCGCUGUGAGUUGCCCAUGCUCCUACACUUCUCAGUGCUGCUCCCUCUAGACGACCUCAACACCGACAUUCUUAUACGGGCUUGCACUCUCGGCACUAGUCCAGCUUCUAUGGGCGACAGAACAGUCAGCAAUGCCGCUUCAACACCGAUCGACAAUCCGAAGCUCGGAGACGGCCUUCUCGAGCCUAGCAAGAAUGCUGCGCCAGCUUGUUUCAUCGAUGGCAGAGAAACAACCGGGGAGAUGGUGCUUGCUACUAGCGGCGGAAAGGCGUCCAGCAGUGAAGCCUUGGGCCUUUUGAACGGCAUGAAGGAAUUUCUCACCGCCAUAGACAACUGCGACGAAACCUUCCUGUUCGCAUACCAAAGACAGACGUUGACGGCCAACCGCACCAUUGCCCAGAUUUGCGGCGAUGGGCGGGGGCCUGAAACUGUCUUCGGCAUCUCAAUCGAUACCACAGGCGAUUUGGUCGGAACCCAGAAGAUCGCAGUAGCUUGGAGCCAGGGUGACUGCGUCCUGGGCAGCGAUCUGGCUUGUCCUCUGAAGCAAGAGACACUCGCCGUCAGUGUGUUUGACAUUGCCAACGCCACGGCAGUUUCCGUACACUCACGGAGCAAGAUCGCAAGUUAUCUGUGGCAGAAGGCACAGGCACUUGCCGGGCGAGCAACCUGCGCCCAUAUCCGAGUCGAGGCAGGUGACGGCUGUGCUUCUCUUGCGGCUAGAUGUGGGAUUCGCGGUGCCGAUUUUCUGCGAUACAACCCCAAGUCGGAUAUAUGUUCGACUCUCCAGCCCGGAGACUACGUCUGCUGCUCUGCAGGCGACCCGUAUUCGGAGCCGAAGCCUGAAGCGCCGCAACCGAACGCCGAUGGUUCUUGCGCAGUGCACUUUAUCAGAAACUUCGACACUUGCGCCUCGCUGGGCAAGACAUACGGCCUAACUGAGGCGCAGAUUGAGUCCUUCAACAAGGGCAAGACCUGGGGCUGGACUGAAUGCAGAGCCAUGCUCGCGGGCUACAACAUGUGCCUCAGCACGGGGACACCGCCGCUUCCUCCGCCACAGCAGGGCACCCAGUGUGGUCCGCUUGUCCCGGGCACCGAGUGGACCGACAAGUCCAUCCCCAUGGCAGACCUCAAUCCCUGCCCCUUGAAGGCUUGUUGCAGCAACUGGGAACUGGGGGCCCCAUCCAAUUUUUCUCGCAUCGGCUACUAUGAGUCGUGGAACAUGGCUCGCAAGUGCUUGUGGAUGAAGGCCGAGAAUGCGAAUGCCGACCGGUCGUACACACACAUCUACUGGGGCUUCGCCGAAAUCGACCCCGCAACUUGGACCGUCGUGCUCAAGGACCCCCAUAACCAAUGGCAGGCUUUCAAGAAUCUACAAGGUGUAAAGCGGAUUGUGUCCUUCGGCGGCUGGGCCUAUUCGACCGAGCCCGCGACUUACAACAUUUUCCGUCAGGCUAUCAUUACCAACCGAGAGAAGUUCGCGACGAAUGCAGCCAAGUUCGUUAUAGACGAAGGUCUUGAUGGCAUCGAUUUUGACUGGGAGUACCCCGGGGCGCCUGACAUUGAAGUAAACGGUGUCCCCAUCGGUCAGCCAGGGAAUGGCGUCGCCUAUCUCCGGUUCUUAACGGUUCUCAAGAGCAAGCUGCCGACCAAGUCGGUUUCCAUCGCAGCCCCGGCGUCUUAUUGGUACCUGAAGGCUUUCCCCAUUGACAGGAUUGCCGCAGUGAUUGACUACAUUGUGUACAUGACCUACGAUCUUCAUGGACAGUGGGAUUACGGAAACCCCAACGCCUUUGAUUUUUGUCUAUCCGGCAAAUGCAUCAGAAGCCACGUGAACCUCACGGAGACAUACAACAUGCUUGCAGUUGUUCCCAAAGCUGGAGUGCCCAACAACAAAAUUUUCGUCUUCCAUGACCACAGUUGCAAUGUUGAUGUUCUCUUAUGGAGAGGCGACUACAUCAGCUACCUGACACCGACGACCAAGGAAACGAGGCGGGCCGCGUGGAGAAGACGCAACUUCGCUGUCACAAUCGACUGGGCCCUUGAUCUGCAGGCAUUCGGCCCCGAAGAUUUCGAGGUGCCUGCCGACCGACCCGCAGCAGGGGAAGAGGGCUGUGUCGGAGGUGACAGCCCUGAUCUGAACGCCUACGACUUGUGCCGGGUUACAGGGCCUACUGUACCACUUCCCGCCGUGGUGUCGACAGCCGACUUCAUCGCGUGGGACGAUUCCGUUGAUUACCAACGUCACUGCAAAUUUGCCUGCAAGUACGGAUUCUGUCCGCCGGACACCUGCACGACCUCGACCUGCCACCUCUGGAAGUACCCCAAGUACCGAUACAAGGACGAGUGCCUUGACGCAUGUAUCGACGCUGUCGAGCAGGCCAAGGAGCAAGGCCGCACCACCAACUACAGCCGCGUGGGCAACUUCCCGCUGGACCAGGAGAUCCCAUGGACGCUAUGGCCUGGAGCCGGCGCCUCGGACAUGCUCUUUGUUCCGGGGAAGUGUGUGUGCGACCACACGCUGGUCAACUUCCUUGCCGACACCAUCGUCGAAGCCCUGCCUAUUAUUGCCCAGGUCGGGUGUUAUGUGGUCAUGUCGGCAUUCAAGCUGGUGCUCGACGUGGGGUUGGCGGCGAUUCCUGGUGUGGGCAGAAUCCUGGACGCCGGCUUAGACACCGUAACCACAGCGGUUCAGACGCUCUCAUACGCCUACCCGCCCGAUCAGGACCCAAUUGGAGCUUUCGAAUGGUGGCUGAGCUCGUGUGGCGGCACCGACCUUGUGCCUGACGAGGUCAAGCGGGUGUUCGAGGUCCUCAGCACCGUUGUUGACGGCGUGUCUAGCUUCAAGGAACCUCCAAACAUCCAGAGAGGCAGCGGCAGAAAGGAGACGACGCAAACCCUACUGAUCGAUCGAAACCCAAGGCUGGCAACGGCAGCAGUCCUAACGGUACUGGUUCGGGGGGAAUCCGAAAAGGAUAAAAAGUGCAAAAAAGUCAGAACAAGGGAUGAGCAGGGCCAGUGCGACGUCGACGAGUAUCCACCGCGCUAUUUCCUCCGUGACACCGACCCAGAAAUGCAGGACGCUGGUAAGGAAGGGGGCCAGUUGAUGAGAUACGUGCCCUGGAGGGAGAAUCAGGCGACUGGUCGGCAUUGGUUAGGUGUCUGCUUUCGUCCCCAUAUCGCAGGCUGGACGAUCGCCGAAUUCGAGAGGAGGUUUGCCCCCGUGCCCGCUCACCUGAGAGACGUGAGGGAGGAAAAGACACACACUUCCAAGAUCACUAUCCAGCAAGCCAAAGUGCCGGUCGAUGUGAAGCCUUACUGGACAUUCUCACGGUUCGAGCACGACACCAACCCUCCUGUUGAUGCCGGCAUGUGGGAAAACGGCUGCUGGCCAAAGAAGAUCGCUCCCGAUGAGCCGGGAUUCACCAUUUGGGGCUGGGACAAGUGGUACGAUGAUAAAACACCAGGCCACAAGCGCAUAUACGAGUUCGACAAGCCGUAUAAAAAGCCUUGA